AUGGUUAUCUAUUCACAAAACAUUGUUUAUGAUGUUUUGCCAUUGUUAAUGCUUGUCUCAUUUUUGAGAUUUAGCAUUACAAAAGCAACAUCAACAUUAUCGUUGACAAAUGAUGAUAAUAAUAAUAAUAAUGAUAAUCAAAUGAGACGAGCUGAUGAAUAUGUCAUGACUUCAGCACGAAUUGAUGGUAUUAAACGUUCAAAUGUUUGUGGAGAUGGUUAUCGUAUUGAAGGAGCUCUUCUUAAAUCUUAUUCAUAUUCUGAUCGUGAAUCAUAUUUACCUUAUGAAGAUUGCUAUAUGACAUUUAAAGCUCGUCAAUCUGACAAUCAAAUACGUAUUCGUAUUCUAUCAUUAGAUCUUAAUGAUAUUCAUAAUGGUAUUAAUUGUCUAGAUUCACUUCGUUUUUAUAAAUCAGUUUACAUAACAAAACAAGAUAAACUUGAUACUGUUGAAUGUGGACAAUUAACUGAACAAGAAAAAUUUCAUGUAAUUUCACCAACAGGAAUUGUUACUGCACAUUUUUCAACCGAUGGUGGAAAUGUUAAUGGUCAAGGUUUUAAAGUUGUACUAACUGCUUUUCGUUAUCCAAAUAAAACACAUCCAUGCGAUUCAAAUAAUGAAGAAUUUCUAUGUAGAAGUAAAGAAUGUAUUAGUAGUUUACUUUUAUGUGAUGGUGUUCCUCAUUGUUUGGAUAAUUCAGAUGAAUUAUCAGAUCGUUCAUGUGCUUCAAAAACUUUAAAUAGUGAAUUAAAUAAUCGUAUAACAACAUCUAAACGUCAACAUUGGCGUGGUAUUUUAAUAGCUGCAUUUUUACUUAUUAUAUUAUUUGUAUUUAUUCUCUUCAUGAUUUAUCUUAUUUGUCGUCGUUGUAUUCAUCCACCAAUGCCCUUAACAAAUCAUGCAAACAAAAAUUAUGCAACUAUGUUAAAUUCUUCUAAAACUGGAUCUAAAACAACAACAACAACAACACAAGUUGUAAUACAAAAUGAUAAAAUUGGAAAACGUCUUGAUGAUGAUUACAAUAUACUCUAA